AUGAAAACGCCUACCUCAGACUCAUUCGUUUCGCAACCCACUACACAGAAAGUACAUACAACACAAAUUUCGCACACACAGAAGAGAAGAGAAACCCGUGAAGUGUGCAAGGCCAAUCAUUAUAUUCUGUUUUGCGAUACUUUUAAUGGAUGGAGUGUCACCCAACGCAAGCAAUUCGUACUCGAUAAAUCCCUCUGUGUUGUAUGCCUAAAAAACCAUGGCAUUCAAAUAUGCAAAUCCAAAUUCCGAUGCAAGAAAUGCAAUGGCCUUCAUAGCACAAAAUUACACGAAGAUGAAGCUUCGACGAGCCAACGCGUCGCGACUAUAAAUAAUCCGUCAUUUCUCAACCAAAAAUUAUUGGCCACAGCCAUAGUAAAAAUACCAGAUAAGUCAGGCGCUUAUCAUUUGUUCCGUGCUUUAAUCGACCAAGGCUCACAGGGCAUUGUUAUAUCUGAAAGGGCCGUUCAAACACUGCAUUUGCAAACGAAAAAAGAACAAGUUCCAUUAAUUGGCAUUGACGACAAACCACUUGGAAAGGCUACUCGGUCCGUCCGAUUACAAGUGCAGUCAGCCACUGACAAUUCAUUCAUGAUAUCGAUGGACGCACUCGUGCUCCACUCAAUCAUGUCCUCCGGCCCACAAUUUAAGAACAAAACGAACGAAUGGAAACAUUUGAAAGGUUUAAAUCUGGCCGAUCCUCAGUUUAUGAGCGCAAAUAAAGUGGACAUUUUGUUGGGUGUCGACAUUUACGGCAUCAUACUUCAACAAGGGCUAAGGGAAGGCAAAUUGAAUGAACCAGUCGCACAAAACAUUGCACUAGGCUGGCUUGUUUUUGGCGCCACGUGUGAUGAAAAGGAUUACGGUGUGCGCAUUCACGCGACUCGAUUUGCAUGUGUCAAAGAGGAUGACAACGAUUUGAAUACAGCGUUGAAACGAUUUUGGGAAAAUGAAGAAGUAAAAUUGAAACCGAUCAUGACUGAGGAGCAUAAGAAAUGCGUCGAGUUCUGCAAGGCAAGAACAAUUCGUCUGCCAAACGGCCAACUACAAGUUUCCCUUCCCUUUAACACAAAUCCAAGUAACGAAAACUUCCUCGGCGACUCACGAAAAAUGGCACUAAGAAGAUUCUUUCACUUAGAGAAAAAGUUCGAAAAGAAUCCAGUAUUCUAUGAACGCUACAAAGACGACAUGUUGAGUUAUAUUCAAUGCAAUCAUAUGAAUCUCAGCAAAUCUCCACUAAAUGACGGCUAUUACGUGCCACAUCAUGCCGUUAUAGUGAUGGAAGGAGCAUGA